GACAGAGAGAGAGAGAGAGAGAGAGAAGUGCAACGUGGAGAUAGAGAGGGAGGGACAAGACAAAAGGAGGUAAAAAAUCCAAAUCCUGAAGAGAGAAAACUAAAGGAUUUUCUCUUUUCUCUCGAGGAGCUGCGAAUAACCCUCGGAGAAGGAUGGCAGAAGGGGGAGAUGGAGAGGAGGAGAUUCAGUUCCUGCGAACGGAUGACCAGGUCGUUCUGCAGUGCACUGCCUCCAUCCUGAAAGAGCAGAUCAAACUUUGUCUAUCCUGCGAGGGCUUCGGGAACCGUCUCUGCUUCCUUGAAACCACAUCCAAUGCUCAGAAUGUGCCCCCGGACUUGGCCAUAUGCACCUUUAUUCUGGAGCAGUCACUGUCGGUCCGCGCUCUGCAGGAGAUGCUGGCCAACACAGUGGAGAUGACCGAGUCGUCCCAAGGUGGAGGCCAUCGUACCUUACUGUACGGUCAUGCCAUCCUUCUGAGACACAACCACUCAAGCAUGUACCUGAGCUGUUUGACGACAUCUCGGUCACUCACAGACAAGCUGGCCUUUGACGUGGGCUUACAAGAAGAUUCCACUGGUGAGGCAUGUUGGUGGACCAUUCAUCCAGCCUCUAAGCAGAGGUCAGAAGGUGAGAAGGUCAGAGUGGGUGACGACCUCAUCCUCGUCAGUGUGUCCUCUGAGAGAUACCUGCAUCUGUCCUACGCCAGUGGAGAUCUGAUGGUGGAUGCCUCCUUCAUGCAGACCCUGUGGAAUAUGAAUCCAAUUAGUUCAGGAUGUGAACUAGCUGAGGGGUUUCUGACAGGCGGUCACGUUCUCAGGCUGUUCCACGGCCAUAUGGACGAGUGUCUGGCCAUCUCUACACCAGAAGAAGGCGAGGAAAAGCGAAGGAUGGCUCAUUAUGAAGGCGGUGCUGUGUGCAGUCAGGCUCGAUCCCUGUGGAGGUUGGAGCCUCUGAGAAUCAGUUGGAGUGGUAGCCACAUGAAGUGGGGGCAGUCUUUCCGCAUUCGCCACAUCACCACAGGCCGGUACCUGUGUCUGGAUGAGGAGAAGGGUCUAUUGGUAGUCGACCCAGAGAGGGCCAACACCAAACUGUCUGCUUUCUGCUUCCGCGUGUCAAAGGAGAAGGUGGAUGUGGCUCAUAAGCGUGAUGUUGAGGGGAUGGGCAUCCCUGAGAUAAAGUACGGAGAGUCCAUGUGCUUCGUCCAGCAUGUGUCCACUGGCCUGUGGCUCACAUACGCCGCACUAGAUGCCAAAGCUGCUCGUCUGGGAAUGAUGAAAAGGAAGGUCAUUCUGCAUCAGGAGGGUCAUAUGGACGACGCUCUAACUGUGUCCCGCUCCCAAACUGAAGAGUCUCAGGCUGCUCGUAUGAUUUACAGUACUAUGGGCCUCUUCAGGCAGUUCAACAAGGGUUUGGACUCUCUGAGUGGAAAGAACAAGACCCCGGGGUCUGUGUCACUUCCUCUGGAGGGGGUCAUCCUCUCUCUUCAGGAUCUCAUCUUCUACUUUCGUCCCCCCGAGGAGGAACUGGAGCAUGAGGAGAAGCAGACUAAGCUCCGCUCCCUCCGCAACCGGCAGAACCUCUUCCAAGAAGAGGGAAUGAUCACCAUUGUGCUGGAGUGCAUUGACCGCCUGAAUGUGUACAACACUGCUGCUCACUUCUCUGACUUUGCCGGAGAGGAAGCUGCAGAGUCCUGGAAGGAGAUUGUCAACCUCCUUUAUGAACUGCUGGCUUCUCUAAUCAGGGGGAACCGCUCCAAUUGCGCCUUGUUCUGUGACAACCUGGACUGGCUGGUCAGCAAGCUGGACCGUCUGGAGGCCUCCUCAGGUAUUCUUGAGGUGCUGUACUGUGUGCUAAUUGAAAGUCCUGAGGUUUUGAACAUUAUCCAGGAGAAUCACAUUAAAUCCAUCAUCUCUCUGCUGGACAAGCACGGAAGGAACCACAAGGUCCUGGAUGUCUUGCGCUCUCUUUGUGUGUGUAAUGGUGUCGCUGUGAGGUCCAAUCAGAACCUCAUCACUGAAAACCUGCUUCCGGGUCGUGACCUCUUGCUGCAGACCAACAUUGUAAAUUAUGCCACCAGUGUCAGGCCCAACAUUUUCCUGGGUACAUGUGAGGGGUCCACGCAGUAUAAGAAGUGGUACUUUGAGUUGAUGGUAGACUAUGUGGAGCCCUUUGUGACAGCACAGGCCUCUCAUCUGCGUGUUGGCUGGGCUAUGACAGAGGGCUACAGCCCCUACCCUGGAGGAGGAGAAGGCUGGGGAGGCAACGGUGUGGGAGAUGAUCUGUACUCUUAUGGCUAUGAUGGACUGCACUUGUGGUCAGGUACUGUACCACGCCAGGUGGCUUCGCCUAACACACACACUCUGGCUGCUGAUGAUGUUGUCAGCUGUUGUCUUGAUCUGAGCGUGCCCAGUAUCUCCUUCCGUAUUAACGGCCACCCGGUUCAGGGCAUGUUUGAAAACUUCAAUGUGGACGGCCUCUUCUUCCCUGUCCUCAGUUUCUCUGCCGGAAUCAAAGCUCGCUUCCUCCUUGGUGGCCGUCACGGAGACUUCAAAUUCAUGCCCCCACCUGGCUAUGCCCCAUGCUACGAGGCUCUGCUGCCCCGAGAGAGGAUGCGCAUUGAACCCAUCAAAGAGUACAAGCAUGACUUUGACGGUGUGCGUAACCUGCUGGGUCCCACCAGGUCCCUCACCCACACCUCGUUCACCCCCUGCCCUGUGGACACUGUUCAGAUUGUGUUACCACCCCACUUGGAGCGUAUUCGAGAGAAGCUGGCGGAGAAUAUUCAUGAGCUCUGGGCUAUCACUCGUAUCGAGCAGGGCUGGACCUACGGGACUUUUAGAGAUGACAACAAAAAACUUCACCCCUGUCUGGUGGACUUCCAGAGUCUCCCUGAACCAGAGAGGAACUAUAACCUGCAGAUGUCUGGAGAGACUCUCAAGACUCUCCUGGCGCUGGGUUGCCACGUUGGUAUGGGUGAUGAGAAAGCAGAAGAGAAUCUCAAGAAGAUCAAGCUGCCCAAGACCUAUGUGAUGAGCAAUGGAUACAAGCCUGCCCCCCUUGACCUCAACCAUGUCAGGCUGACACCCAACCAGAACCAGCUUGUGGAAAAACUGGCAGAAAAUGGACAUAAUGUUUGGGCAAGGGACCGGGUACGGCAAGGAUGGACCUACAGUAUUGUCCAGGACAUCAUGAAUAAGCGAAACCCUCGUCUGGUACCCUACAACUUGCUGGACGAGAGAACUAAGAAAACCAACCGAGACAGUGUUAACAACGCUGUCCGCACCCUCAUUGGCUACGGCUACAACAUUGAGCCUCCAGAUCAGGAGAGCAGUAAGUCUAACAUCCGAGGAGACAAAGUACGAAUCUUCAGAGCAGAGAAGUCGUACGCUGUCACCCAAGGAAAGUGGUACUUUGAGUUUGAGGCAGUGACCAUUGGGGAGAUGAGAGUGGGCUGGGCUCGUCCUAACGUCCGCUCUGAUACUGAACUGGGAGCAGAUGAACUAGCCUACGUCUUUAAUGGCAACAAGGCUCAAAGAUGGCAUGUUGGCAAUGAUCCUUUCGGUCGCCAGUGGCAGUCUGGUGAUGUAGUCGGUUGUAUGAUUGACCUGACUGAGAUGAACAUCAUGUUCACGCUCAACGGAGAAAUGUUGAUCAGCGACUCAGGCUCGGAUAUGGCUUUCAAAGACAUUGAAAUUGGGGAAGGUUUUAUCCCAGUGUGUGCUCUGGGCCUGUCUCAGAUUGGAAGGAUUAAUCUUGGUCAAAAUGUCAGCAGUCUGCGCUACUUUGCGAUCUGUGGCCUGCAGGAAGGAUUUGAGCCCUUUGCCAUCAAUAUGAAGCGAGACAUUACCAUGUGGUUCAGUAAAAGCUUGCCCCAGUUUGUGCCUGUACCACCUGAUCACCAGCAUGUUGAGGUGUCCCGUGUGGAUGGGACAGUGGACAGCGCACCGUGUCUGAAGCUGACCCAUAAGACCUUUGGGUCGCAGAACGCCAAUACAGAUAUGAUGUUCCUCAGACUCAGCAUGCCAGUCCAGUUCCACGAGACCUUCAAGGUCCAGGCGGGCACCACUCUGCUCACCGGUGUCCUCACCAUACCCGAGGAGGAGGUGAUAGUGGUGGAGCCCGACUCCGAGUUUGAAGUUCUGAAGAAGUCUGCAAGCCGUAAGGAGCAGGAUGAGGAUAAGAAAGAGGCGUCAAUACCAAAGGAUGCCUCUCUGGAAAAUGAGAAGGACACUGUGUCAGAAAAAGGAAAGAAAAGAGGAUUCUUCUCAAAGGCCAGAAAGGCUGCCAUGACACCUCUUAACCCUCCUCCUGCCCCUCCAACGGUGCCACGUUUGGUGGAAGACGUGGUUCCGGAUGACAGAGAUGACCCUGAGAUCAUCCUAAAUACCACCACUUAUUACUACUCUGUGAGGAUCUUUGCCGGACAGGAGCCCUCUGGUGUGUGGAUCGGCUGGGUCACCCCUGACUACCACCAGUUUGAUCCAACCUUUGACCUCACCAAAGUACGCAGUGUCACUGUCACUGUGGGAGAUGACAGAGGCAACAUACAUGACAGUAUGAAGCACAGUAACUGUUACAUGGUGUGGGGAGGGGACUUGGUCAGCACUCAGCAAACCCGCUUCAGCCAGGAGGACAUGGUGAUUGGCUGCCUGGUCGAUCUUGCAACAGGUCUUAUGACUUUUACAGCCAAUGGAAAGGAGAUUAACACCUUCUACCAGGUGGAGCCUAAUACCAAGCUGUUCCCCGCUGUCUUCAUUCAGCCCUCCAGUCAGAACAUGUUACAGCUGGAGCUGGGCAAACUUAAGAACAUCAUGCCCAUCUCAGCAGCUAUGUUCCGCAGCGAGCGUAAUAACGCAGUCCCGCAGUGCCCUCCCAGGCUGGAUGUCCAGAUGCUGACCCCAGUUAUCUGGAGUCGUAUGCCUAAUCACUUCCUCGAGCCGGAGGUGGGCAGAGUGAGUGAGAGGCUGGGCUGGAUGGUAGAGUGUACUGAACCUCUCAUCAUGAUGGCCCUGCAUAUCCCAGAGGAGAACAGGUGUAUUGACAUACUGGAGCUGUCGGAGCGCCAGGAUCUGAUGAAGUUUCACUACCACACCCUCAUGCUCUACUGCGCUGUGUGUGCACUGGGCAACAACCGUGUAGCUCAUGCUCUGUGCAGCCAUGUGGAUGAAUCCCAGCUUUUCUACGCCAUUGAAAACACCUAUUUACCCGGACCUCUCCGCAGCGGCUACUACGACCUGCUCAUCAGCAUCCACCUAGAGUCUGCCAAGCGGGCACGCCUGGGCACCAACAGGGAGUUUAUUGUCCCCAUGACUGAGGAGACUCUCAGCAUCCACCUCUAUCCUGAUGCAAAGAAGGCUCAUUCUCUUCCCGGCGUGGGUCUCACCACCUGCUUACGACCAAAACUACAUUUCUCAUCUAUCAACUUUGUCGGCACCGAUCCUGAUCUGUACACCCUUAGUCCCAUCUUCCCUCUGCAGGAGCUGAAGACCAAGGCAAUUAGCAUGCUAACAGAGGCUGUGCUGGAUGGUAGUCAGGCUAUGCGGGAUCCAGUAGGAGGCAGCGUGGAAUUCCACUUUGUCCCAAUCCUGAAACUCAUCAGUACACUGCUCAUCAUGGGUAUCUUCAAUGAUGACGAUACCAAGCACAUCCUCAAGAUGAUCGAUCCCAACGUUUUCAGUGGAAAGGAAGAGGAAGAGGAGGAGAAGGAAGAUGAGGAGGAGGAAGAGGAGGAGGAGGAGGAAGAAGAAGAGACUGAGCCUAAGGAGGAAGGAGAAGAGGAGGAGAAGGAGGAAGGAGAGGGAAAAGCCAAAGAGGAAGAGGAGGGUCUUGAGGAGGGAUUACUCCAGAUGAAGCUGCCUGAAUCUGUCAAACUGCAGAUGUGCACGCUGCUACAGUACUUCUGUGACUGUGAGCUGCGACACAGAGUGGAAGCCAUUGUGGCCUAUUCAGACGAGUUUGUCAACAAUAUUCAGAAAAACCAGCGAGUUCGUUACAACCUGUUGAUGAGAGCCUUCACCAUGUCCGCUGCUGAGACUGCACGCAAGACACGCGAGUUCCGUUCACCGCCACAAGACCAGGUCCUUUUGCUGACCAAUUUUAAGCACUGUCCAGAGCAUGAGGAAUGUCCAGUGCCUGAGCAUGUGCGGGAAACUCUGGGAGAGUUUCACAAUGACAUCUUGCUUCACUGCGGCAUACAUAUUGAGGAGGAGGAGGUGGAGGAGGAGGUGGACACAUCACUGAGGGGCAGACUCCUCAGUUUGGUGGACAGAGUAAGGAACUUGCGCUCGAAGCAGGAUCAGGAGGAGCCAGAGGUCGAGGAGGAACUAAAACCCAGCACUCUUCAGGAGCUGAUCUCCCACACCAUGAUUCACUGGGCCCAGGAGUCGUUCAUCCAGAACCCUGAGCUAGUGCGUCUCAUGUUCAGCCUUCUCCACAGGCAGUAUGAUGGACUCGGCGAGCUGAUCCGAGCGCUGCCCAAAGCCUACUGCAUCAACGCGGUGUCUUUUCAGGACACCAUGGACCUGCUGGAGUGUUUGGGACAGAUCCGCUCACUGCUCAUCGUCCAGAUGGGCCCAGAGGAGGAGCGGUUAAUGAUCCAGAGCAUUGGGAACAUCAUGAACAACAAGGUGUUCUACCAACACCCCAAUUUGAUGAGAGCUCUUGGUAUGCAUGAGACUGUCAUGGAGGUGAUGGUCAAUGUAUUGGGCGGAGGAGGAGACUCAAAGGAGAUUCGAUUCCCCCAAAUGGUGACAAACUGCUGCCGUUUCCUGUGUUACUUCUGUCGUAUCAGCAGACAGAACCAGCGCUCCAUGUUUGACCAUCUGAGCUACCUGCUACAGAACAGUGGCAUCGGCUUGGGCAUGCGUGGGUCCACCCCUCUGGAUGUGGCUGCUGCUUCCUGCAUUGACAACAACGAGCUGGCCUUGGCUCUGCAGGAGCAGGACCUGGAAAUGGUGGUGACGUACUUGGCUGGCUGCGGGCUGCAGAUGUGUCCAAUGCUCAUGUCUAAGGGCUACCCUGACAUUGGCUGGAACCCCUGUGGAGGGGAGAGAUACCUGGAUUUCCUCCGCUUUGCAGUCUUUGUUAAUGGAGAGAGCGUGGAGGAGAACGCCAAUGUCGUGGUGCGUCUGCUCAUCCGUCGGCCCGAGUGUUUCGGCCCGGCCCUGAGAGGAGAGGGUGGGAACGGUCUGCUGGCUGCCAUGGAGGAGGCCAUCAAGAUCUCAGAGGAUCCGGCAAGGGACGGACCCACUGUCAAAAAAGACAGGCGCUUCAUGUUCGGUGGUGAGGAACAGCAGGAGGAGAACCGCGUGCAUCUGGGAAAUGCCAUCAUGUCCUUCUACUCAGCCCUCAUCGAUCUGCUGGGCCGCUGCGCUCCUGAGAUGCAUCUGAUCCAAGCAGGCAAGGGUGAAGCUCUGCGAAUCAGGGCUAUCCUGAGGUCUCUGGUGCCCAUAGAGGAUCUGGUGGGAGUCAUCAGCUUGUCUGUGCAGAUUCCUGCCUACGGCAAAGAUGGUCAGAUUAUUGAGCCCAAGAUGUCUGCAAGUUUUGUGCCAGACCACAAGGCCUCCAUGGUGCUGUUCCUUGACAGAGUCUACGGUAUUGACAACCAAGACUUUCUGCUGCAUGUCCUGGAGGUCGGCUUCCUGCCGGACAUGAGAGCUUCAGCUUCUCUGGACACUGUGGCAUUCAGUACCACUGAAAUGGCCUUGGCACUAAACCGCUACCUUUGUUCAGCUGUUCUGCCUCUGCUCACCAAGUGUGCCCCCUUGUUUGCUGGGACGGACCAUCGGGCCAUCAUGAUCGACUCCAUGCUCCACACCAUCUAUCGCCUGUCCCGCGGCCGAGCCCUCACCAAGGCUCAGCGGGACGUCAUUGAGGAGUGCCUCAUGUCACUCUGCAAGUAUCUUCGACCCUCUAUGCUACAGCAUCUGCUUAGAAGGCUGGUAUUUGAUGUGCCCAUCCUCAACGAAUAUGCAAAGAUGCCUCUCAAGCUGCUGACCAAUCACUAUGAGCGCUGCUGGAAAUAUUACUGCUUGCCUAACGGAUGGGCUAACUUCGGGGUGACCUCAGAGGAAGAGCUGCAUCUUUCUCGUAAACUCUUUUGGGGAAUCUUUGAAUCUUGUGCCCACAAGAAAUAUGAUGCAGAGCUCUUUAAGAUCACCAUGCCCUGCCUCUGUGCUAUAGCAGGAGCCAUCCCUCCUGACUAUGUGGACGCCACCUACUCCUCUCACACUGAGAAGAAGGCCUCUGUGGAUGCUGAAGGCAACUUUGAUCCCAAACCAGUGGAGACCACCAACACAAUUAUCCCUGAGAGGCUGGACUACUUCAUCAACAAGUAUGCAGAGCACACUCAUGACAAAUGGGCCUUUGAAAAGAUUCAGAACAACUGGACCUACGGGGAGGCGUUAGAUGAGAAUGCUAAGACGCACCCGAUGCUCCGACCAUACAAAACGUUCUCUGAAAAGGAUAAGGAGAUCUAUCGCUGGCCCAUUAAGGAAUCCAUCAAAGCCAUGUUGGCAUGGGAGUGGACCUUGGACAAAGCCCGGGAUGGCGAAAUAGAAGUCGAGAAGAAAACUGCCACACGAAAAAUCUCCCAAACUGCUCAGGCCACUUAUGAUCCCAGUCAAGGCUACAACCCUCAGCCAAUAGACAUCACAGCAAUGGCCCUGUCCAGAGAGCUGCAGUCUAUGGCUGAGCAGCUGGCUGAAAACUAUCACAACACCUGGGGCAGGAAGAAGAAGCUGGAGUUACAGGCCAAAGGCGGUGGCAGCCAUCCUCUGCUUGUGCCUUAUGACACCCUGACGGCUAAGGAGAAGGCCAGGGACAGGGAGAAGGCCCAGGACCUGCUCAAGUUCCUCCAGCUGAAUGGAUAUGCUGUGACAAGGGGUAUGAAGGACAUGGAGCAGGACAUUUCCUCCAUUGAGAAGCGUUUUGCCUACGGCUUCCUCCAGAAGCUUCUCAAAUGGAUGGACAUCGCCCAGGAGUUCAUCGCUCAUCUUGAGGCUGUGGUUAGUAGUGGUCGAGUAGAGAAAUCACCACAUGAACAAGAGAUCAAAUUCUUUGCCAAGAUCCUCUUGCCACUGAUCAAUCAGUACUUCAAGAAUCACUGCCUCUACUUCCUCUCCACUCCUGCUAAAGUCUUGGGUAGUGGAGGGCAUUCAUCCAAUAAGGAGAAGGAAAUGAUUGCAAGUAUCUUCUGUAAAUUGGCUGCUUUGGUGAGGCACAGAGUCUCUCUUUUUGGAACGGAUGCAGGUGCAGUGGUAAACUGUCUACACAUUUUGUCAAGAUCACUGGAUGCCAGGACUGUCAUGAAAUCAGGGCCUGAGAUUGUGAAGGCAGGUCUGCGUCAGUUCUUUGAGAGUGCUGCUGAUGACAUUGAGAAGAUGGUUGAGAAUCUGAAACUGGGUAAAGUGUCCAGUAGAAACCAGGUAAAGGGUGUGGCACAAAACAUCAACUACACCACCACAGCCCUGCUACCGGUCCUCACGUCACUGUUUGACCACAUUGCUCAGCACCAGUUUGGAGAUGACGUCAUGUUGGAUGACUUGCAAAUAUCCUGCUAUCGUACGAUGUGCAGCAUCUACUCUCUGGGCACUGUGAAGACUCCACAUGUAGAGAAACAGCGACCAGCUCUCGGCGAGUGUUUGGCCCACUUAGCAGCUGCGAUGCCAGUGGCCUUCCUGGAGCCAACACUGAAUGAGUUCAACACAUUUUCUGUUUAUACCACCAAGACCCCCAGAGAGAGAUCCAUUCUGGGUCUUCCCAACCAAGUGGAGGAGCUGUGCCCUGACAUCCCAGAGCUGGAGAUCCUGAUGAAGGAGAUCCAUGAUCUGGCUGAGUCUGGUGCCCGCUACACAGAAAUGCCCCAUGUGAUUGAGAUUACUCUGCCCAUGCUGUGUAACUACCUCCCUCGCUGGUGGGAGAGAGGCCAAGAGAACUUCCCAGAGCAGGAGGGCCAGCUGUGCACCGCCGUCACCUCCGAGCAACUCAACAAGCUGCUGGGUAGCAUCAUGAAGAUUGUGGUUAAUAACCUGGGUAUAGAUGAAGCCUCCUGGAUGAAAAGAUUGGCAGUGUUUGCCCAGCCCAUUGUCAGCAGGGCUAAACCAGAGAUGCUUAAAUCCCACUUCAUCCCCACCAUGGAGAAGCUAAAGAAGCGCUCAGGGAAGGUGGUGGCUGAGGAGGAUCAUCUGCGCAUGGAGGGCAAGAUGGAGGUGGACAGUGAAAACGGGACCAUCCGAGAUGAGUUUGCUGUGCUGUGUCGGGACCUGUACGCUCUCUACCCGUUGCUCAUCCGCUAUGUGGACAAUAAUAGAGCAAGAUGGUUGACCUGUCCAGACCCAGAUGCAGAGGAGCUCUUCAGGAUGGUGGGAGAAGUGUUUAUUUUCUGGUCCAAAUCCCACAAUUUUAAACGAGAGGAGCAGAACUUUGUGGUGAUGAAUGAAAUCAACAACAUGUCCUUCCUCACUGCUGACAGUAAGAGCAAGAUGAGCAAGUCUGGAGGCUCGGAGCAGGAGCGCACCAAAAAGAAGCGGCGCGGUGAUCGCUACUCUGUGCAGACCUCCCUUAUUGUAGCGGCGUUGAAGAAGAUGCUUCCCAUCGGCCUCAACAUGUGCUCUCCUGCAGACCAGGAGCUCAUCAAUCUGGCAAAGAUCAGAUACUCACUGAAAGACACGGAUGAAGAGGUGAGGGAGUUCUUGCACAACAAUCUCCAUUUGCAAGGCAAAGUGGAGGACCCGGCUAUGAGGUGGCAGAUGUCUCUUUAUAAGGAGAUGUCUGGAAAAGCUGAAGAUGCCGAGGACCCUGAGAAAGUGGUGAAAAGAGUACAGGAGGUGUCCGCUGUCCUUUACCACAUUGAGGUGACAGAGCAUCCCUUCAAGUCAAAGAAAAUGGUUUGGCACAAGCUCCUGUCCAAACAGCGUCGCAGGGCUGUGGUGGCCUGUUUCAGGAUGACGCCCCUGUACAACAUCCCUUCGCACAGGGCAACCAACAUGUUCUUGGAUGCAUACAAGCGCAACUGGUUAGAGACUGAGGGUUACUCAUUUGAGGACAAGAUGAUUGACGAUUUAUCAAAAGCCAUGGAAGAAGAGGAGGAAGAGGAAGAGGAGACCGAGACAAAGCCUGAUCCCCUUCAUCAGUUGAUUCUUCAUUUCAGUCGCACCGCUCUCACAGAAAAGACCAAGCUAGACGUAGACCAUCUUUAUAUGUCAUAUGCUGAUAUUAUGGCAAAGAGCUGCCACAUUAAUGAGGAAGACGAAGGGGGAGAACAGGAGGGGGAUGAGCCAUCCUUUGAGGAAAAGGAGAUGGAGAAACAGAGGCUUCUGUACCAGCAGUCCCGUUUACACGACCGUGGGGCUGCUGAGAUGGUGCUGCAGAUGAUCAGCGCCUGUAAAGGCGAACCUGGAGUCAUGGUUUCUUCCACACUCAAACUGGGAAUCUCCAUCCUCAAUGGAGGCAACAGUGAUGUACAGCAGAGGAUGUUGGACUAUCUGAAGGAUAAAAAGGAUGUUGGAUUCUUCCUUAGCGUUCAGUCUCUGAUGCAGACAUGCAGUGUUUUGGACCUGAAUGCUUUUGAGAGACAGAACAAGGCUGAGGGACUUGGGAUGGUUUCAGAGGAGGGUACUAAUGAGAAAGUAAUGGCUGACGAUGAAUUUACAUGCGACCUCUUCCGCUUCCUUCAGCUUCUUUGUGAGGGCCACAAUAAUGAUUUCCAGAACUACCUGAGAACUCAGACAGGCAGCACCACCACCAUCAAUAUCAUCAUCUGCACUGUGGACUACCUCCUGCGACUACAGGAGUCCAUCAGUGACUUCUACUGGUAUUACUCAGGAAAAGACAUCAUUGAUGAUCCUGGUAAGAGGAAUUUCUCCAAAGCAAUGACUGUGGCGAAACAGGUCUUCAACAGCUUGACUGAGUACAUCCAGGGUCCCUGUACUGGUAACCAGCAGUCUCUGGCCCACAGCAGGUUGUGGGAUGCUGUUGUGGGUUUCCUGCAUGUCUUUGCUCACAUGAUGAUGAAACUUGCUCAGGACUCCAGUCAAAUUGGACUAUUAAAAGAACUGUUGGAUCUUCAGAAGGACAUGGUAGUGAUGCUUCUGUCCCUACUUGAAGGCAAUGUGGUAAACGGUACCAUUGCUAAGCAGAUGGUUGACAUGCUGGUGGAGUCCUCCAGCAACGUGGAGAUGAUCCUUAAAUUCUUUGACAUGUUCCUCAAGCUCAAGGACAUAGUGGCAUCUGAUGCUUUCCGUGACUAUGUAACGGAUCCCCGUGGGCUAAUCUCCAAGAAGGACUUCUCCAAGGCCAUGGACAGCCAGAAGCAAUACUCUCCCUCAGAAAUCCAGUUCCUCCUCUCCUGCUCAGAGGCAGAUGAGAAUGAGAUGAUCAAUUUUGAGGAAUUUGCUGAUCGUUUUCAGGAGCCAGCCAAAGACAUAGGAUUUAAUAUCGCUGUUCUGCUCACAAACCUGUCAGAGCACGUACCCCACGACGCUCGCCUUCAGAACUUCCUGGAGCAAGCAGAGAGCGUGCUCAACUACUUCCGUCCUUUCCUCGGCCGCAUCGAGAUCAUGGGAUACAGCAGGAAGAUCGAGCGUAUUUACUUUGAGAUCAGUGAGGCGAACCGCAACCAGUGGGAGAUGCCACAAGUCCGAGAGUCCAAACGGCAGUUCAUCUUUGACGUGGUCAACGAGGGUGGCGAAAGUGAGAAAAUGGAGCUCUUUGUGAACUUCUGUGAGGACACCAUCUUUGAGAUGAACAUCGCUGCAUCUAUCUCUGAGCCUGAAGGUGAAGGUGAAGAAGAGGAAGAUGAUGAUGAAGAAGAGGAGGGCGGAGGAGAUGAAAGAGACACCGGAGAAGGAGAGGAUGGCAACGGAGAAGGUGCACCUCCAGAGUCGACCUCAGCCUUUGCAGACUUCCUGACAAGUGUGGUUAACUUCUUUAACAUGUUCACCUUCCGUAACCUGCGACGUCGGUAUCGGAAACUAAGGAAAAUGACAUUGAAGGAGAUGGUGGUCGGCAUGGCUACGUUUAUCUACACCGUUCUGAUGGGUAUCUUGAUGUUUGUCUACAGUAUAUGCAAGGGCUUUUUCACACUCAUAUGGAAGGUGCUGUUUGGCGGAGGCUUAGUGGAGGGUGCCAAGAAGAUGACUGUAACUGAGAUCCUUGCCAGCAUGCCAGAUCCAACACAGGACGAAGUUCACGGGGAGUUACCACCUGAACCAGGGGCUCGAGAGGACCAAGAAAUGGACGGCGCGGCAGAUCUCUUAGAUGCAGUGGUAGGAGAGGAGGAGGAGGAGGAUGGUGAGGAUAGGGAAGGUGGACGCCUGCCUGGUUUCAACACUCCUGGGGGACUUGGCGACUUUGGUGAGACCACACCAGAGGAACCUCCGACUCCAGAGGGUACACCGCUGCUGAAGAAGAAAUUGUUGACGACUGCAGUCGGAGGACAGGAAGGAGAAGGAGGGGAAGGAGAAAAGGCUGAACCUGAAGAAGAGGUUGCUCAAGAGACAGAGAAAGCAGACACCGAGAAUGGCGAGAAGGCAGAGAAGGCAGAGAAGGCAGAGCCUGAACCGGAGGUAAAGGAGGAAGAGCCUGAGGAGGAGGAGGAGGCACCGGUGAAGGCCAAGGCAAAGAAGGAGAAGCAACCCGUUGAGCAGGGCUUUGAGCUGUGGAAUGAGCUGGAGAUUCAGAGGGUUAAAUUCAUGAACUACCUUUCUCGUAACUUCUACAACCUGCGGUUCUUGGCCCUCUUCAUCGCCUUCGCUCUCAAUUUCAUCCUGCUCUUCUACAAGGUGUCUGACAGUCCUCCAGGUGAAGAGGACUUUGAGGGUUCUGGUCUGUUUGAGGGUUCUGGCUUAUUCGAAGGCUCUGGUGCUGAGGAAGAAGGCUCUGGAUUAGAUGAUGGAGGAGAAGACGAAGAAGAUGAAGGUCCCCUGUACUUCUUCUUGGAGGAGAGCACGGGCUACAUGGAGCCUGCCUUAGCCUUUUUAAGUAUCGUCCACACCAUAAUCUCCUUCCUCUGCAUCAUUGGCUACAACUGCCUCAAGGUUCCUCUGGUUAUCUUCAAGAGAGAGAAGGAGCUGGCCAGAAAGCUGGAGUUUGAUGGUCUCUAUGUCACUGAGCAGCCAGAGGACGACGACAUCAAGGGCCAAUGGGACAGACUAGUGCUCAACACUCCCUCUUUCCCCAACAAUUACUGGGACAAGUUUGUGAAAAGAAAGGUGCUGGAUAAAUAUGGUGACAUCUAUGGCAGAGAGAGGAUUGCAGAGUUGCUAGGUAUGGACUUGGCUUCUCUAGAUGUCAGUGCCAUGAUGCACGAAAAGAAGCCUGAGCCUGACACCUCAAUGUUCAGCUGGAUAACAUCUAUUGACAUCAAGUACCAGAUUUGGAAGUUUGGUGUUGUGUUCACUGACAAUACCUUCCUGUACCUGUGUUGGUAUCUGUUAAUGUCUCUGCUUGGACACUACAACAACUUCUUCUUCGCCUGCCAUCUUCUGGACAUCGCCAUGGGAGUGAAAACCCUGCGCACCAUUCUGUCCUCUGUCACUCACAAUGGCAAACAGCUGAUGAUGACAGUGGGUUUGCUGGCCGUAGUGGUGUACCUCUACACUGUGGUGGCCUUCAACUUCUUCCGCAAAUUUUACAACAUGAGUGAAGAUGAGGAUGAGCCGGACAUGAAGUGCGAUGACAUGAUGACUUGUUACCUGUUCCACAUGUAUGUCGGCGUUCGUGCUGGUGGUGGUAUUGGAGAUGAAAUUGAGGACCCUGCUGGAGAUGAAUACGAGCUCUACCGUGUGGUCUUUGACAUUACCUUCUUCUUCUUCGUCAUUGUCAUCCUGUUGGCUAUCAUUCAGGGUUUGAUCAUUGAUGCCUUUGGAGAGCUGAGAGACCAGCAGGAGCAGGUCAGAGAGGACAUGGAGACAAAGUGUUUCAUCUGUGGAAUAGGGAGCGACUACUUUGAUACGACGCCGCACGGCUUCGAGACACACACUUUAGAAGAGCACAAUUUAGCCAACUACAUGUUCUUCCUAAUGUAUCUCAUCAAUAAAGAUGAAACAGAACACACAGGACAGGAGUCAUACGUGUGGAAGAUGUACCAGGAGCGAUGCUGGGACUUCUUCCCUGCCGGUGACUGCUUUAGGAAGCAGUAUGAGGAUCAGCUUGGAUAA